AUGGUAGUGGCCAAGGUCAAGGUGGAGGUGGAGGUGGGGCUGAAGCUGAAGGUGGCAAUGAUAAAGGUCGAUAUAAGGGACGUGGAUCGGGAAGAGCCAGAGCAUAUGGGUCUGAUGGGCAAUGGCCGAAAGCUUGAGAAAGAAAUGCGUGGUGGAUUUGGUGUUGCAGUUAGCUUUGCUAGAGUUGGUGAUGGACUUGACGGACUAGAUCAGUCAAGUUCAGGUACUGGUAUUGCUACUGGUAGUGGCCAAGGUCAAGGUGGAGGUGGAGGUGGGGCUGAAGCUGAAGGUGGUAAUGAUAAAGGUCGAUAUAAGGGACGUGGAUCGGGAAGAGCCAGAGCAUAUGGGUCUGGUAACGGUGCCGGUGCCGGUAGGGGUACUGCUGUUGGUGUAGGUGUCGCCAGAGGUGGUAAGGGUCGUAGAUGUUAUAAGGGUAAAAAUUGUGAUAAAGGUCGCGAUUGA